AUGAUAAGCUCAAGACAAUUCCAAGUCGCACCCACACAGGAACGCGACAACCAAAUGUCAGUACCUCAGCACCAUACAUCCCCGGCCAGUGUAUUCCUCAAAGAAGAAGUCUACCGACUCGGAGCAUUACCAGGUGUGAGAUCUCUACCUCCAGGCCCAGAGCGCGACUUUCUCACUCUAUCAUGGGGGCCUAUCAUCUACCGCACCUCAUACGCCCCCGAAACCAAACGCCUGCUCCCCGUAUUCCUGCGCUACCUCAACAAUUCUGUGCACCGGGCGUUACGCCGGACGUUUACAGGCUCCGACGAAGAAAUAGAGACUCUGACAACGACAUAUUCCUCUAAGGUGUUCAGCUCGCCAGAGAUCUACGCCAAAUUGAACGAAGAAUCGAUCCGACAGGCUUUCCAUGAUUUCAAGGUGUCGCUCGGACUGCCUGAAACAGAGCUCCCGAGCAGGCUGCGAAUAUGCCUGAUGCUAGAUGAUGAGGCAUUGGCACAUCUGAAAUGUGUCUUGGAUCUUUCCUCGAUGGCCGAGGAGAAUGCAGAUGUGGGUGGAUGCUGGGUGAAGGUCGUUGAGGAGAAUUUCCCGGAUUCAAGGAUGGGUGAUCACCCGCUUGCGAAACAUGAUAUGGAAUGUGCACCUGAUUGUGUGGAAGAACAUCGUGGGAGAUAUCAUGGGUGGACUAGGGUGGCACUUGAUGCAUUGGUAGAGGUUUUUGAUGGACUUCGGCAAAUGAAAUGGUUGGUUGAUUAUCAUCGGGAGGGAAAUGUAUACUUAGGGGAUGGCAAAUGGAGGAGUAUAUCAAGCUAA